GUGACAGUCUGGAUGUGCUCAAAUUUUUUCGCUAAUAAAUCUAGUAUACAAAAAUUAUCGACGCAGGGAAAAUAAAAUAGCGUUUGAUUGUUCAAUUAAAAUAAAGAAAUCUUUGCUCUUUUUAUUCUAAUCGGCCAAUUAAAAGCUAUUCUUCCCACGGUUAAGAUUUUUGAACGCAUCCAUUAUAUAAGUUUUAUGCUGGAAACUUAUUUUCAUAGAUAUAUAUCUAUAUCUUAUAUAGUCUAUGCUUACUUCCAACAAAAACAUAUGGACUUAAUUUAACCUAAAAACAAGUUUUGAUCCUAUUAUUUGUGCUUAUAUUGAACGCAUAUAAUAUGGCUAAAGAACGUGGCGUCAUCAGAAUGAUUUGGAAUAACUUUGUGUCUUCGCUAAAGCCUCAAUUCGCUCGUCGUAAAUUAGUGGGCGAAGAUUACUAUGGUACAAAAUAUUACCAGGAGGAUAUUCGCAAUUCCAGGCGACCGAGAGCUCCUCGGUAUUUCGUACCGGUAAAUAAAGAUAAUUUUGAUCAAGAACUGCCUGCUGAAUGGGAAUCCUGGUUAAGAUAUCGUAGAAAUGAUCCACCUACACAAGAAGAAAUUGAAGCUAACUAUCAAUUAGCGAUGAUCAAGAAAAAGAAUGCUGCAAAGCUUAUAGAAGAAAACUAUUCCAAGAGUGAAGGAUCUUCUAAAGAUCUUCCUAUUCAACAGUCUGUUUCUGAAUCUACGAAUCCAGGAAAUUUUCCAGUUUAUAAAGAGUAUAAAGAUUUUGGUAGCAAUUAUGUACCAAAAGAUUCAUAUAAGUAUUGAGAAUAGAAAAUUCA